CGAGCUAACAGGAAUUUUCGCGAGAAAAAAAUAAACAAGCAUGACUUCGGCAGUUUAGACUCCACUGUCUUAAAAAGCCCAUCUCACCGUGCAAACAUCACUGGAUUGACCAUAUUUCAUUCUUGAAUUGAAGCUCACAUUUCUCCACAGAUCUCCGUCGCUAUAAUCCGAAGAUCACGCGCUAGCCGCAAUCGGAAUGUCAGACGAAGACGAGGAAAUUCCGGACCUUGUUCCUGCCACCUUUGAGAGGGUCCCCAUCACUGUCAUCACUGGAUUCCUCGGAGCAGGAAAAACCACUCUUCUGAAUUAUGUCUUGACAGAACAGCAUGGAAAGAGAAUUGCGGUCAUCAUGAAUGAAUUUGGUGAAGGAGACUCUAUUGAGAAGUCCAUGUCAGUGGGACAGGAGGGUGAACUCUUUGAGGAAUGGCUGGAGCUCAGGAAUGGAUGCUUGUGCUGCUCAGUCAAAGAUAAUGGGGUCAAGGCCAUAGAGAACCUGAUGACUAAAAGAGGGCGCUUUGAUUACGUUCUCCUGGAAACAACAGGACUAGCAGACCCUGGUCCUAUAGCCUCUAUAUUCUGGUUAGACGAAGAACUGUGCAGUGAAAUAUUUCUGGAUGGUGUCAUCACCAUGGUGGAUGCUAAACACUGUCUACAGCAUCUAGAGGAAGUUAAACAAGAUGGUUCUACCAAUGAAGCCACACGGCAGGUGGCUCUAGCUGAUGUGAUUAUAAUUAAUAAAACUGACCUAGUUAAUGCCAAGGAACUAGACCAAGUCAAAUCAAGUAUACGAUCUAUAAAUAGAUUAGCCAAAUUAAUUGAGACUACUAGGGCUAGAACUGACCUUGACUCCAUAUUGGAUCUAAAUGCAUAUGACGGCAAAAGUAAAACAAGUUUGGAGGAAUUGUUUCAAGAGAGAGGAUUUGAGAAGGAAAAUGUACACAAAAUUGAUCAGGAUGUGACAACAUUUACCAUGGAGUUUUCAGGAAAUAUGGAUAAGCAGAGAAUUGACAAGGUCCUACAGGAUUUACUUUGGGACAAAGAACUAGUCAAUUCAAGGGGAGAUAAGCAGGAAAUCUACAGACUCAAGGGUUUGAUAUCAGUGGCGGGAGAUGACAGACGCCUAGUUGUACAAGCCGUCCACGAGUUAUACGAUUCCUUCUUCACGUCAAAAUGGGAGGAAGAGGAUCAACGGAUUAACAGAUUAGUCUUUAUAGGUAGGAACUUAGAGAGAGCCUCCCUGGAGUCCAGGCUCGCUCUGAGGGGACCAGCCAAUCAGAGCUCUUGAUGACGGCUCCACUCGACCCGUCGAGGCUUAGGAUAGCUGGGGGAAUUGGACGGUAUUAAUAUUUAUUGUUCCUGCACACAACAAUUGGGCCUAGGAUUUAGUGCCUCUCCAGAACAUUUAAUUGUGAUCCAAUGUCAGCUAAUUUUACCAACGAAAACAGAAAGAUUGUUCACAUGGAUUUAUUUUAUUAAUAUGGACAAAACACUCUCAACAAAUAUGCACAAAAAUUGAUGCUAGGCAAUUGAAAGACUGAAUGUGGGCCACAGUGUGUUGGUAAUUGAUCAACACAUAAAAUACAUGUGGCGUGUGGCAUUGAAUAAUACUGACGGUUUUAGCUACCACUGUUUGUUAAUAAAUGAAUAAUCAAAACUAGAAA